CUACGAUUCUUGCUUGACAUCUUCAUCCCAAGUCAAGCCUUCAUCAGAGAUCGACUGCGAUCCUUAAUCCCACAUUUCGUACCUGCGCAACCUGCAGUCAGCAUUGGCAACAACAGGGAUCGCACAACACAGGCCCACCAUGAACGGCCACGCCACCACCACCGAAAAGCACACCGCAGGCUACGCCGACAACGAAACACACCUCGACGUCCUCAUCGUUGGCGCCGGCAUCUCGGGUGUCAACGCCGCCUAUCACGUGCAAACCGAACUUCCGACAUCCUCCUAUGCAAUCCUCGAGGCCCGUCAUGAGCUUGGCGGCACCUGGUCGCAAUUCAAGUACCCUGGCGUGCGCUCCGACUCGGAUCUACACACACUGGGCUUCAAGUUUCACCCAUGGAAAGCGCGCAACCCCAUUGCGACGGGCGACAACAUCCUUGCGUACCUGCAAGAAACGGUGCACAAGUUCGACAUCGAGAAGCGCAUUCGGUACAAUCAGAAAGUCGCGAGCGCGGACUGGAGCUCCGAGCAGCAGCGAUGGCAGGUGCAGGUCGACGUCGGCCGCGGUGAGGAGAAGAAGAGGGUCGUGUACUGGACAAAGUGGAUGAUUCUGGGUACCGGAUACUACAGCUACGAGAAGCCCAUGUUCGCGCACAUUCCUGGCCUGGCGGACAACUUCAAAGGCCAGACGAUUCACCCUCAGUUUUGGCCUGAAAACUUGGACUACAAGGGCAAGAAGGUAGUUAUCAUUGGCAGUGGAGCCACGGCUAUUACGCUGCUCCCUGCGCUCGUGGAGGGCGGCGUAGGUCAUGUCACGCAGUUGCAGAGGAGCCCGAGUUACAUUGUCGGUUUGCCGCAGCCGGGCAACAACUCGACACCGCCGCUGUGGCAGAGGCUGCUGCCGCAGUGGAUGGUGUUGAAGUGGAAGCGCUUCCAAUUCACCCUCGUCGCCAUUCUCCUCUAUUACUUCUGCAUCCACUUCCCCAACGCCGCCGCCAACUUCAUCCGCGGCGCCGCAAAGAAGCAACUGCCCCCCGACUUCCCCAUCGACCCGCACUUCAAGCCUGGCUACAACCCCUGGGAGCAGCGCCUGUGUCUGUGCCCCGACGGCGACUUCUUCAAAUGCUUCAAUAGCGGACACGCGAGCAUCGUCACCGACACCAUCCAGAACGUUGUCAGCGACGGCAUACUGUUGAACGGUGGCGAGAAGCUGGACGCAGACAUCAUCAUCACGGCCACAGGCCUCAAUUUAAGAUUCUUGGGCGGCAUUGAUUUGGCUGUUGAUGGCAAGAAAGUCGACGUCCCCAGCGAAUACAUGUGGCGCUUCGCCAUGCUCUCCAACGUUCCCAACCUCGGACAAAUCAUCGGGUACUGGAACGCGUCCUGGACACUUGGCUCGGACACCGUCAGCCGCCUCUUCACCCGCGUGAUCAAGCAUAUGAGUGAGAACGGUUACACGGCAGCCAUCCCCACUAUCAGUGAGGAGGAGAAGAAGAACCCCCAGAGUGUGAGUCCGUUGAGUAGCACGUAUGUGAAGAACAAUUUGAGCAAGUUGCCGAAGUGUGGUAACACUGGGCCGUGGACGCCACGGGAGUAUUAUUUCAAGGAUAGUUGGAAGGCUAAGCAUUGCGAUUUGAAUGAUGGGAUGAGGUUUGAGAAGGUCAGCACAUAGAUGUCAUUGAGAUAGAUAGGAAACCAAUUCGCGUACUGUAUCCUGUAUCUGCUGAACAGAGCUGCGUUACCUGUG